AUGGUUGGGGGUCACCACAACAUGAGGAACUGUAUUAAAGGGUCGCGGCAUUAGGAAGGUUGAGAACCACUGUUCUAAGGGCUCAAGGUUGACUUUCUUGAAUGAAAACUCACAGCAGUGUUUAGGAGGCUAGAUGUCCCUCUGUUUAAAUUGUUCUCAGGUACCAACAAGCAGUCCUUGGGGCCGGAGGCAGGAUGGAAGCUUACCUUAGAUAAAUAAAAAGUGAUAAAUGCAUGUGGGUUUCUAUUAGCAAGGACAGUGAUGUCUUCUCUCAGGUUGCAAUACAAUUUUGUUUUCCAAGAGAACAUACAUAGUUUGAUACUAGACAGUAAAGUCUUUCAACUAGAAUUGAGGGCAGGACUAUGUCUUCUCAACGCUGUCCCCUAUUGUUCCUACCACCUGGUAUCCGCCCACACUGCCUCCAGCCCAGUGCCUGGCACGAGGUAGGUGCUUCGUAAAUCCUUGAUGAACUCAGGAAUCGUGGGGUGAUGGGAGCACCACAGGCUCCAAGUCAGAAGGUCAGGCUUGGAAUCUUGGGUCCACCGUUGUCUAACCCUGAGCUACUUAGGACGUAGAGCACGUCCUGUCUCGGAGCCUCUGCUCCUCUCUCCAGCUGAUCGCCAGGAUUCUUGGGAGAGAACACUCCGCUGGUCCAGGUGGGCAACAUGUUAGUGCUUCUAGCCAUGUCCCUGCCUCUAACCCAGAGGCCAUGGAGGAGAUAAGGUAGCCCCUCAUCCCUGGAUCUGAUGGGGAAGCCCAGUUCAAUGGAUACAAAAUAUAAGGAUGACUUAUUUCGGAAGUAUGUGCAGUUCCAUGAGGGCAAAGUGGACGCCACCCCCAGCAAGCAGCGGCCUGGCAAUGAUGAGUACCUGCGGGUGGCAGCCUCGACCUUGCUCAGUCUGCACAAGGUGGAUCCCUUUUAUCGAUUCCGGCUGAUCCAGUUCUAUGAGGUGGUGGAGAGCUCCUUGCGUGCCCUGAGCUCCUCCAGCCUGCGGGCUUUGCACUGCGCCUUCAGUGUGCUGGAAACGGUGGGUGUCAACCUCUUUCUCUACCCAUGGAAGAAGGAAUUCAGAAGCAUUAAGACCUACACAGGCCCCUUCGUUUAUUAUGUCAAGUCCACGUUACUGGAAGAGGACAUCCGAACCAUCCUGAAUUACAUGGGCUACGUGCCUGAGUUGGGGACUGUGUACAAGCUCACAGAAUUGGUGGAGACCCUGCAGGUGAAGAUGGUCUCCUUUGAACUCUUUCUGGCCAAGGUGGAGUGUGAGCAGAUGCUGGAAAUCCACUCCCAAGUCAAGGACAAAGGCUACUCCGAGCUGGACGUGGUAAAUGAGCGCAAGAGCAGUGCAGAGGAUGUGCGGGGCUGCUCCAACGCCCUGCGGCGGCGGGCUGAGGCCCGGGAGCACCUGCCUGCUUCAGUGGCUCGAGUGGCACUCCAGAAGUCGGCCAGCGAGCGGGGGGCCAAGGACUACUACAAGCCGCGUGUGACCAAACUCUCGAGGUCAGUGGAUGCCUACGACAGCUACUGGGAGAGUCAGAGCCGGAAGCCGCCCCUGAAGACCUCGUUGAGCCUGCGGAAGGAGCCUGUAGCGGCAGAGGUAGGGGAUGACCUCAAGGAUGAGAUCAUCCGCCCAUCCCCCUCGCUCCUGACCAUGUCCAGCUCCCCCCAUGGCAGUCCUGAUGACCUUCCAUCCUCCUCCCCCAGCAAUGGCCUUGGCCUGCUGCGUGGCACGUACUUCUCUGCUCAGGAUGACGUGGAUCUCUACACAGACUCAGAACCUAGGGCUGCAUACCGGAGGCAGGAUGCCCUGCGACCAGAUGUGUGGCUGGUCAGAAACGAUGCCCACCCUCUCUACCAUAAGCACUCGCCCCCCACCAAAGAGUCCGCCCUAUCCAAGUGCCAAAACUGCGGCCUGUCCUGUAGCUCCUCCCUCUGCCAGCGCUGUGGCAGCCUGCUCCCCUGUCCCCCAGCCUCCAAGCCCAGCACCUUCCCCAGCAAGUCCUCCACCCAUGACAGCCUGGCCCAUGGGUCAUCUCUGAGGGAGAAGUAUGCGGGCCAGACUCAGCUGGUGCACGUCCACUCAAAAUCCAAGUCCUCCACCACAGCCACCUCCCGCUGUGGCUUCUGUAAUCGCCCAGGUGCCACCAACACCUGCACUCAAUGUUCAAAAGUUUCCUGUGAUGCCUGCCUCAACGCCUACCAUUAUGACCCCUGCUGCAAAAAGAGUGAGCUGCACAAGUUCAUGCCCAACAACCAGCUGAACUACAAGUCCACCCAGUUCUCCCAUCUCGUGUAUAGAUAAACUGGGCCUUGCACCUCCCUGCUACAAGGGCUACACCACUGAUCUUUCUGGUUUCAUGGGGAAGAUGUGUUCAUGCAUUGAUCUGGGAAGCAGAGAACCGCACUUGACCAUGUAGGUGCCGGGGAUAUGGGUCAGCUGCACCAUGUAGAAGUUCACUUAGUGACUAAC